GGAGGAGAAAUUGUCCAAGGCGCGCACGAGAGGCAGGAGCUGAUUGACCUUGCUUUUUUGUGCGCUAUACCAGACACCAGUUCGACAUUGAUAUACCACUCACUAAACUUUUAUUUUUCCACCAUCCAUUAAAUUUUAAUACACCUAACUUUUUCGUGGUGUUUUUUUUUUUUCCGUUCGAGAGCACCUGCCCCGAGGAUACAGCGGUGCAUCCGUCUCCUCAUUGCGGGGAUCGGGAGUUGGACUAUCCAGCUGUGCAGGAGAGCUCCCCUGCGAAACGCGUCAUGGGAUACAGGAGAGCCACUGCAGCUUUCUGCAUGUACACCUGAGGGCUUUUUUUGUGGAUUUAAAGCACAUUUUUCUUUAAAAACAAAAAAGAAAGAAAGAGAAAGACUUUAGAAUAAGAUUUACUCGCUUCAAAGGAGAAACUUGUUGUCAGUCAACCGGAAUUAUAAGCCUCUUGCAGGGACUCCUUAUUUCUAACACACGGUUUGGAUCUCGGUGAAGAGUUGGCAGCAUGGUCUCAUCCGACUGCUUCAAAUGGGUCGUUGUCAUCUUGUGUUGUUCAUCACUCACAAAUGGUCAUUUGGACGGAGAUCUCUCACCUAAGAUUGAGCCACCUGACAAUCCCCUCAUUCUUCACAAGGAUGGUUUGUUAAACCUCAUAUGCAGUGGUCACGGCCUGCUGCACUGGACACUUGCUGAUUCCCGUCGAUCGAUCUUAUCAGAGGGAGUGAAGGUGGAGAAGUGUCAUUCCAGACGUCACUUUCACACUCACGUACACUGCAGCAAACUGGCAAUCACACACUUGAGUGCCAAUGACACAGGAAGGUACACCUGUAAAUCCUCCAAAGAUGGUUCAGAGCACAUGACCUCGACCUAUGUCUAUGUCAAAGAUCCCGAGCAACCAUUUUUGGAGCCUCAUUAUCUGACACCUCACAUCCUGGGUAUCUACAGGCAUGAAACCAGCCUUGUGGUCCCCUGCCGGACAACCUCUCCUGAUACUAUUGUAACACUGACAGGGCUCCCACCUUUAUCAGACAAGAUUGUUAACGAAAUGGUAUGGGAUUCAAAGGUGGGAUUCAGGAUUCCCUACGGUCCCUACACUUCGUAUUCAAUGCUCACCUGUAACACCAUGGUCAAAGGUUCUGAGCACAAGUCAAUGUACAUCCCUAUGAGACCGACCUUUGUUCUUAAUAAUGUGAAGAUCACCCCAGAUCGUGUCAGAUUGUUGGUUGGAGACACCCUCAUUCUCAACUGUACUGGUGAGACCACCUAUAAUGGAAGAAUCAACUUUACAUGGGAUUUUCCAAGGAAGAAUGAAAAUCGACAUUAUACAAACAAAACCAAAAACAACCCUGCCAUGGUUUUUCUGAUGAGCAAGGCUUUAGUCUUGCCAAACAUUACCAUGGAGGAUAAGGGGGUGUACCGCUGCAAAGCUGAGACUGAACCCACUAAACACAAGAAUGCGUCUGCAAAAGUCCUCGUCUUUGAGCAUCCAUUCCUCAAUGUCUCCUAUAAGCAUGAGAGGCCUAGUACAGUGACUGUCAAAGAAGGUAGAAAGAAAUUUGUGUUUGACCCCAAGGUCAACGCUCUGCCACCAGUAGACAUGGUAGCAUGGUAUAAGGAUGGCGUCUCUAUCAAGAAGAAUUCCACCUGUUACAAGAUGUCUGGUUUCAGCUUGAUCAUCAGUGAUGUGCAAGAUCAGCAUGCUGGGGUCUACACCAUAAGCGUGGGCAACCAAGUAAAGGGCUUGUACAGGAAUCUGAGCUACACUCUGGUAGUCAACGUGAAGCCAACUAUUUCAGAGGCAGAGCUCCCCUCUGUGGACGGGCAGCACUACAUGUUUGACAAGCAACAUCAGCUAACCUGCACUGCUUAUGGGUUGCCCUUGCCAACCAUCACUUGGCUCUGGCAGCCAUGUCACUCAGGCUCCACACUCAAAAAUUGCACUGCUUACACCAAGCCAAUCCAGGUCUACGUCGAUGACAAGGGAAAUUACUCCCACAACUCGAUUAAGAGCAUAAACGUCAAGCCUGAACUGGUUAAAGGAAAAAACAAGACUGUGAGUACCCUGGUGAUUGAAAAGGCUAGCGUAUCAGGAAAUUACACCUGCGUGGCCCAGAAUGAAGUUGGCAGCAGCACAAUGGCAGUCCCGUUCUACGUUGACGAUCAACCCGAGGAAUUUACCAUUGAACCCCGAACUGCCAUCGAGGGGUAUGACGUCAAUCUGACCUGUCGUGCAGCUCGCUUCCUCUACACAGACCUACAGUGGUUAGAUUCAUUGAAUCAAACAAUCACUUCCAACGUGUCCAGUCUCCACCUCGGCCCCUACUCCAUUUCUCUUUCUCUCCACCUGCAUAAUGUGUCCCAAAACAGCACGACAGGUUACAAGUGCCAAGCAUACAAGUUCCACAAGAGGAUUGAACUCAAAAAGGUUGCGCUUACUGUAGAUGCGAGAAAACGCCCCUGGCUGAGUCAAAACCUGACUAAUCAGGAUGUGAACAGUAGCAGCACACUUAUGCUGGCUUGUUUCGCUCUCGGAGUUCCUCGUCCCUCCAUCAUAUGGUACAAAAAUGGCGUUCCAGUGAAAGAAAGCACAGGUAUCUCACUGGGAGAGGACGGGGUUCUGACCGUCGAGAGGGUAAAGAAAGAUGAUGAGGGUCUGUACGAGUGUAUAGCCAGCAACGACGAAGGUAUUGCGAAAACAAGUGCUGUUGUUACUGUGGUUGGGGAUGAAGGGAAGCCAAACGUUGAGGUAAUCAUCUUGGUGUGCACAGGAGCUGCAGCCACGUUCCUCUGGCUCAUGCUUAUCCUCUUCAUCCGCAAGCUAAGGAAGCAACCAGCACACUAUAAGAUGGGUCCGUCUAUCAUCAUUGAUCCUGAUGAAUGUCCCCUUGAUGAGCAGAAUGAUCUUCUUCAGUAUGACAGCAGCAAAUGGGAGUUUCCCCGAGACCGCCUGCGACUAGGCAAAACUCUUGGCCACGGAGCUUUUGGAAAAGUGGUGGAGGCCGCUGCUUUUGGGAUCGACAAACUCUCAACCUGCAAGACUGUUGCUGUGAAAAUGCUGAAAGGAGGCGCUACGUCAAAUGAGCGGAAAGCUCUGAUGUCAGAGUUAAAGAUCUUGAUCCACAUUGGCAAUCACCUGAAUGUGGUCAACCUGCUUGGUGCCUGCACAAAACCUGGAGGCCCAUUGAUGAUGAUAGUGGAGUUCUGCAAAUAUGGCAACUUGUCCUACUAUUUGAGAAGCAAGAGAGACGACUUUAUCGUCUACAAGAGCCAGGAUGGUAAGGUGGUAUCGUCAGGAUCGGGCUGCGAGCUAAGCGAGCUGAUGAAGCGCCGCCUGGAGAGCGUGGCCAGCACCGGAAGCUCAGCCAGUUCUGGCUUCAUCGAAGAUAAGAGCUACUGCGACUCAGAGGAAGAGGAAGAAGAAUCUGAGGAUUUAUAUAAGAGAGUCCUGACAUUGGAAGAUUUAAUUUGCUACAGUUUCCAGGUUGCAAAAGGCAUGGAGUUCUUGGCUUCACGCAAGUGCAUCCAUCGUGAUUUGGCUGCACGGAACAUCCUGCUUUCUGAGAAUAAUGUUGUGAAGAUUUGUGAUUUUGGACUUGCCAGGGACAUCUACAAAGACCCGGAUUAUGUGCGCAAAGGAGACGCUAGACUGCCGCUGAAGUGGAUGGCACCUGAGGCCAUCUUUGACAAGAUCUACACGACUCAGAGUGACGUUUGGUCCUUUGGUGUUCUCAUGUGGGAGAUUUUCUCUCUGGGUGCCUCCCCAUACCCUGGCGUCCAAAUUGACGAAGAAUUUUGCUGCAGGCUGAAAGAGGGGACCAGGAUGAGAGCACCAGAAUACUCUUCCUCUGAAAUAUAUCAGACCAUGUUGGACUGCUGGCAGGGUGAGCCACUGGAGAGACCAACCUUCACUGAGCUGGUGGAAAGGCUGGGAGACUUGCUUCAGGCCAGUGUGCAGCAGGAGGGGAAGCACUACAUACCCAUCAACACAGCCCUGCUGGCUAAGGUUGGCGACCCGUCCGCAACAGUGCCGUCAGAGGAGACACCCACUCGACCUGUCUCCCACCGCGACUCAGGGAGCACCUGGAACAUCAAGAUCCGUCCUGCUAGUGUGAAAACUUUUGACGAGGUUACCAUGGAAAAUGGGACAAAUGAGAACCACAGGAGCGGUCAGUCAGACAGCGGGAUGGGCCUGUCGUCUGACAACAUGCAGACUCUGAAGCGCCUCGAAUCAUUGGCAGGCCGACCUCUGAGCAUCAUGGCUCUAGCGAUGAAGGCAGUGAGUAAGAGUAAAGAGUCUGUGCUGAGUGACACAGAGAAGGAGAAGUUCCCACCCACGGUCCCCUCUCUGGACUUCAGUCUGGACGACUCGGCCCUGGACGCCGGUCUGGAGUGUCACAGCCCACCUCCCGACUACAACUACGUGGUGCGCUACUCCACCCCACCUGUGUAACCUCCUGCUCCGCCCCUGGAGAAUCUGACUGACAGCCUCGAGGCCUUGGCUUCGUUCUCCUCUGUUUUGGCUCUUAUCUCUGGAUGUUUUUGUAGCAAAGUUUAAGAGGAAAACACGUGAGAGUCCUCUUAAAGUGUUUAGAAAGGACGCUCUGAAAUGAAUCAUGAAUCCACUCGACUGUAGUUAUCUUCCAACUUCCAGGGCGUCUGCUGUGCAACAAAAAGGAAACCUGCCGACUGUUGAUUCCUUUCCAGUUUUCAGACGUAGGCUGACGUUAAUGCUGCUGGUUCGUUCCACAUUCACUGUGAUAUAUCAAACAGCUGAAAACAGGCUCAGGUAUUUCUUUCAUCUACUGUGAAAACAAACCACAAUGAUUCCAACUUUACCACAGAUCAGAAUAAAUUACAACCUUUGAUGAUAAAGAAAAAGAAAACACAAAGGAUAGCUAAGUUUAUAUUGAGACUUUUUUAUAUAUUUUUGAAUUUAAUUCAACUGGAAAGAAAAAAGUAAAAAAGAAAUUAAUUUUGUAAUGUGGCUGCAUCCACUCAUAUGAAGGUCGGCUAAAGUUCAGGUUAGCUCAGAGCAAAAGCAGAUGAACAACAAUAUAACAGUGAUUAUUGAUUAUGAAAAGUCUCUUAUUUGAGGUGUCAGUGCUCCGGUAAUUCCAAUAAAUAUCAGCUCAAGUAACUCAGGUUGACCCAGAGUGACAGAGGAGAGGAGUGCUCUGUCAUGUAGUGGUGGAUGUUUUUUAAGCUCUCCAGGUUAUGGAAAAUCACAGGUUAAUGGAGGUUAAUGGAGGAAGCAGGGUAGACCAGACAGCUUCAGAUUACCAUGAAAGCUUUUGAGUGAAAAGUUACUGUACAUGUAGAUUCCUCCUCCUACCCCAGUCUGGUAUUGAAGUAACUCUGUGUUAUUAUUGUUUGUUCAAAGUCAAAAGGAGAAAAAAGGUAGAAACAUGAGAUUAGAACAAGACGUCAUCAAAAAGCACUAGUAAAAUGAGUUGUGUAUUUAUUUAGAUUGUAAACACUGUUACUUAGUUAUCCACUUCUGUCUAUAUUCAUAUUUAAAAGGUAACCAAAGGAUUUUCCAGCUCAGUCAUCCUCAUUUAAACAUGUAAUAUCCCAACAUUUCACUCAGAUGUAUAUGCUGUUCGUGCUGCUGUAUAGUAAAGCUGAGGGAAUGUGCUCCCGUAGAAAACACGUAUGUGGAUAUUCUCGGUCCUUCGCCUCGUGCUGGAAAGUGUCAGUAAAGCUUGCAGGGCAGGCUACAUAAAGUCUCUGUGUGUGUGUGUGUGUGUGUGUGUGUAUGUGUGUGUGUGAAGUUAGCACCGGUCUGCUCUGGUUCACUGUUGAAUUAUUUGUUAACGUGUUAAAAGAGAAAAACAGCAUUUUGAGCAUUUUAUUUGUCAUACCAGAUGUAUUGAAAAUAUUGUGGACCAAACUUUUGUUCACGCUUGUGUUAGCGUACACACACCCUGUAGAAAUGCAGCUAGCUUGUACUUGUUGACCACUAAAGAAAACAGUUGUUGUCAGUGAUGUGCUGCAGUAUGAAGUGAAUAUUUUGAACCCCUGAGUAUUUCCAAAUGAUGGUUUUUGUUUUGCUUUUGUGGAGAGGAAGUGAUUAUGCACUGAUACUUUAUAUCCAGUAUAAUUUUUUUUUAUCUAAAGGUAUAUUAUUAUGAAACAGUGUUGAGGGUCACAUGUUACAAAGAUUUCUGAUUUAUUUUGCAUUUUUAUUUAACUCAUUAACUCUAGUACAUAGUCGGAAAUUAACAUUUACAGUAUUUGUUUUAUUAUUUCUUGCCAGCCUAACAUCAUAACAGAGUAUGUUCGCUUGUUAUAAUUCUGUAUAAAAUAUUAUUUUAAUAACUGCUUUCACAGUACAGAACAUUCAAAGGUUUCAAUCUGAAUGCAAAGGGGAAUGUAUUUUAUUGCAUUUCUUUAUGUAACUAUCAAACCACCCUCACAGCUUUUUCUGUUAUGUAGUGUAACAAGUUAGUUUUGAUGAAAGUAAUGUUCCCCAACACUGUUAACUGAGCAUAUGAAGUAAAUAAAUGAAUAAAGAUCUAUAUAUUUAUACAUUA